GUCCCGCUCACAGAUUUGGGAAAUUCCCAGCUUGGCAAGUUCUCACAUGGUAUGAUUGUGUGACUCGGGCAAAGUUUAGCCUAUUUAGACUCGCACGGACGGCCCGUUGGAUCAGGCACGGCAAAGUUCCAGACUCCAUGGGCAGGUUUACGUUUGUUCGUGGCCCUAGUCCAGGCUCGCCGGCGCCACCGGCGCCGCCUUCUUCCGGCAUGUCCAAUCCGGCGGCUCGCUCUCCCACGCGGGAGGAAGGUCGCCGCGGUCCGACGACUCGUGCCAGGUCUUCAUCGUCUACGGAAAGCGCCAUGGUCCUGGAGAGGCUCACCGACGACCUCCUCGCCGAGAUCCUUUCACGGGUCCCCGCAAGUUCAGACAACGGCUGCAAUCUCGUCUCCAAGCGUUGGCGCAGCCUCAUCGACCGCCCCGACCACCGCAAGAGGCUUCCCCAGCCCCUGGCAGGCUUCUUCUACAACAGCACCAGCAAGCAUAGUUUAAAAACCCGGACCGGUGAGGCUGCCGGUUCAGAUUUUCACCUGUCCGACCGCCGGUUUUUUCGGUUCAAUGUCAUGAUGAAUGUUACGUGGCUCUACAUGUUUGGUUAACAUUUACCGCAUGAGCGAACGAGUGCAAUGAUUAGCUAGUAAAAAGCCAUGAUGAAUGCUAUGUAGCUUAAACAUAUAUCUCCAGACGAUGUGUGUGAUCAUUUCUUGUUUACAGCUAGAUGUGCUUUC